GUCAGGUGGAACGCACAGGCCGGAAGCCGGUGUGUAACGUACUACAACAAGGCAGGCGGAAGUGAGCGGUAGCGACUGCGGGAGGGGGGAGUAUAUAGAAGACCACAAGGAUCUGUACAAGGACGUGAUGGAGAAUCACUGGCCCCUCAUGUCACUGGAUGGACCCAGUAACCGAGAUACCCCAGAGAGAUGUCCCCGUCCUCUUUAUUCACAGGACUGUACAGAGGAGAAUCACAGGAUCCCACAGGAGGAUCAGAUUCACUGUGAAGAUUUGACCAAAAUUAAGGUAGAAGACAUAAAGAGAGAAGAAGAGACGUAUGUGAUCGCUAGAAAGGGUGGAGAAGAGAUGUAUGUAACUGACAUUAAGGCAGAAAAUACAGAUGAAAAAGAGACGUAUGUGACUGAUAUAAAGGCAGUAGAAGAGAUGUAUGUGACUGAUAUAAAGGUAAAAGAAGAGUAUUAUGUGAUUGAUAUAAAGACCGAAGAAGAGACGUGUGUGACUGAUAAUACAGAAGAAGAUACAGAGGGAGAAGAAGAGACGUAUGUGACUGAUAAUACAGAAGAAGAUACAGAAGGAGAAGAAGAGACGUAUGUGACCUACAUUAAGGCAGAAGAUAUAAAGGGAGAAGAAGAGACGUAUGUGAUUGAUAUUAAGGUAGAAGAUAUAAAGGAAGAAGAAGAGACAUAUGUGAUGGGUGAUCAGCAGUGUAAGGAAGAGGAAAUCACUACAGAUACCAGCACAGCACAUAAAUGUAGCAGGAAGAAUGUCUCAGAAGAAUUUUUCAUGCCGUUUCAAAAUCGUGACAUGCAAAGCAACAGCAACACUCAAGAUUCUACACGGGACAGCUCUGUUGUACAUCCAGUAUCUCACAGUGCAGAUGUGUCAACUGCCCCCUCUAAUCAUGGGAAAUGUUCUCCUAAUAACUCAGAUAUUGGAACUUAUAGAACAACAUUUAGAGUCUGUUCUAUAAAUGCAAAAUGUGUUACACAAAGCACAAAGCAUAUUACCGAUCAGUCAGCUAAGGCAGGUGAACAGUCAUUUCCAUGUUCUGAGUGUGGGAAAUGUUUUACACGUAAAUCAAAUCUUGAUAGACAUCAGAGACAUCACAAAGGUGAAAAACCAUUCCCAUGUUCAGAGUGUGGGAAAUGUUUUACACAAAAAUCAAAUCUUGUUAGACAUCAGAGAAAUCACACAGGUGCUAUGCUGUUUCCAUGUUCUGAGUGUGGUAAAAGUUUUACACAGAAAUUACAUCUUAUUACUCAUAAGAAAACUCACACAGGUGAGACACCAUUUCCAUUCACUGAUUGUGGGAAACGUUUUACAGGGAAAUCAGAUUUUGCUAAACAACAGAGACAUCACACAGGUGUGAUGUCAUUACCAUGUUCUGAAUGUGGGAAAUGUUUUACACAUAAAUCAAAUCUUGAUAGACAUCAGAGACAUCACAAAGGUAAAAAACCAUUCCCUUGUUCAGAGUGUGGGAAAUGUUUUACACAAAAAUCAAAUCUUGUUAGACAUCAGAGAAAUCAUACAGGUGAGAUGCCAUUUCCAUGUUCUGAGUGUGGAAAAUGUUUUAAAAAAAAAUCAGAGCUUGCUAUACAUCAGAGACAUCACACAGGUGAGAAGCCAUUUCUAUGUUCUGAGUGUGGGAAAUGUUUUGCACAGAAAUCACAUCUUGGUAGACACUUGAGAAAUCACACAGGAGAUAGGCCAUUUCCAUGUUCUGAGUGUGGGAAAUGUUUUAGACAGAAAUCACAUCUUGGUAGGCACCUGAGAAAUCACACAGGAGAUAAGCCAUUUCCAUGUUCUGAGUGUGAGAAAUGUUUUACACAGAAAUCACAUCUUAUUUACCAUCAGAGAAUUCAUACAAAUGCUACAUCAUUUCCAUCCUCUGAGGGUGGGAAAAGUUUUUCAGAGAAAUCAGAUUUUGGUAUACAACAUAGACAUCACACAGGCAAGAUUACAUUUACAUGUUCUGAGUGUGGGAAAAGUUUUACACAGAAAUCACAUCUUGUUAGACAUCAGAGAAAUCACACAGGUGAGAUACUAUUUCCUUGUGUUGAGUGUGGGAAAUGUUUUAAAAAAAAAUCAGAUCUUGCUAUACAUCAGAGAAAUCACACAGGCAAGAUGCCAUUUACAUGUCCUGAGUGUGGAAAAUGUUUUAAACAGAAAUCACAUCUUGUUACCCAUCAGAGAAUUCACACAGGUAAAAAACUAUUUCCAUCCUCUGAGUGUGGGAAAAGUUUUACAGUGAAAUCAGCCCUUGUAACUCAUCAGAGGCAUUACACAGGUGACAAGCCAUUUCCAUGUUCUGAGUGUGGGAAAUGUUUUGCACAGAAAGUACAUCUUGUUAGACAUCAGAGACAUCACACAGAACAGAAACCAUUUCCAUGUUCUGACUGUGGGAAAGGUUUUCUAUGGAAAUCAGCUUUGGUUACACAUCAGAGAAUUCACACAGGUCAGAAACCAUUUUCAUGCUCUGAGUGUGGGAAAUGCUUUUUACGGAAAUCAUAUCUUGUUAUACAUCAGAGAAUUCACACAGGUAAGAAACCAUUUCCAUGCUCUGAGUGUGGGAAAUGCUUUUUACGGAAACCAGCUCUUAUUACACAUCAGAGAAUUCACACAGGUGAGAAACCAUAUUCAUGCUCUGAGUGUGGGAAAUGCUUUAUACGGAAAUCAGCUCUUGCUACACAUCAAGUAAGUCACACAGUUGAGAAGACAUUUCAGUGUUUUGAGUGCGAGAAAUGUUUUACGCAUAAAUCAGCUCUUGUUAGACAUCACAGACUCCACACAGGUGAGAAACCAUUUCCAUGUUCUGAGUGUGGGAAAUGUUUUACAGAGAACUCAGAUCUUGUUAGACAUCAGAGACAUCACACAGGUGAGAGGCCAUUUCCAUGCUCUGUGUGUGGGAAAUGUUUUGCACGCAAAUCAAUUCUUCUUGCACAUGAAAGAAGUCACACAGGUGAGAAGCCAUUCCAAUGCUCAGAGUGUGGGAAAUGUUUUACACAGAAAAUACAUUUAGUUAUACAUCAGAGCAAUCACACAGGGGAGAACUUUCCAUGCUCUGAGUGUGGGAAAUGUUUUAGAAACAAAUCUAACCUUGUUACGCAUCAGAGAAGUCACUUAGGUGUGAAAUGUGUUAUUACUAGACAUCACGUGAGGAUGAGACAUGUUGCUGAUUCCCUGAGGAUGGACAAGGACCCAAGUCACAUGACUGAGAGGAUACUAAAUCUCACCCUGGAGAUUAUUUAUCUGCUAACUGGGGAGGAUUACAUAAUAAUGAAGAAGACAUCCGAUGAUUGUGUGACACCCAGCAGCCAUCCCGGUGUGUCAGGAGGAUUGCGCAGGACCCAGAGACCCAUCACGGAGCCUCCACCUCACUCACUGAUACAUAAGAGCGGAAAUGAGCAGAAGAUCCUGGAACUCACCAACAAGAUCAUUCAGCUGCUGACUGGAAAGGAGUGGGAGUAUGCAGAGGAACACAAGGGUCUGUACAAGGUCAUAAUGAUGGAGAAUCACCAGCCCCUCUCAUCACUGGAAGGACCCAGUAACCGAGAUACCCCAGAGAGAUGUCCCCAUCCUCUUUAUUCCCAGGAUUGUACAGAGGAGACUCACAGGACCCCACAGGAGGAUCAGGGUGAUGACCUGAUUAAUAUUAAGGUAGAAGAUACAGGAGAAGAAGAGACGUAUGAGAGCAGUGACCAGCAGUCUGAGAAGCAGGAAAUAUCUACAGAUAUCAUUACAGAUGGAUCCAGUAACAGAGAUUCCCCAGAGAUAUUGCUCCAUCCUCUUUAUUCACAGGAUUGUACAGAGGAGAAUCACAGGACCCCACAGGAGGAUCAGGGUAAUUGUCUGGCUUAUAGUAAGGUAGAAGAUAUAGAGGGAGAAGAAGAGAUGUAUGUGAGGGGUGAUCAGCAGUGUAAGGAGGAGGAAAUCCCUACAGAUAUCAGCACAGAUGGACACAAUGCAAGGAUCACCUUGGAUGGACAUCUCCUUUGGUCCCCAGAUUGUAAAUUAGAAGAUAAGAACCUCACACAAGGGUCUCCAGAAGAAAACUGCAUUUCCCUUAAUAUACAUCCAGCAUUUCCCAUUGCAGUUAUAUCAUCUGAUACCUCUUUUCUAGAGGAAUGUUCUCAUGACUCACACAUUGCUGCACAUGGUACACAUCAUAGUGGUGAUACAGUAAUUUCCUCUUCUGAAUGUGGGAAAUAUUUUACACACAAACUAGCUCAUGUUAGACGUAAGAAAACUCAUACAGGUGAAAAAACAUUUCCAUGUUCUGAAUGUGAAAAAUGCUUUAGAUAUAAAUCAGCGCUUGUUAGACAUGAGAGAAGUCACACAGGUGAGAAACCAUUUCUGUGUUCUGAGUGUGGGAAAUGUUUUACACAGAAAUCGCAUCUUGCUGAACAUCAGAAAAACCAUACAGGUGAGAAACCAUUUUCAUGUACAAAGUGUGGGAAAUGUUUUAGACCGAUAUCUGCUCUUCUUAGACACCAGAGAAGUCACACAGGUGAGAAGCCAUUUCUAUGUGCUAAGUGUGGGAAUUGUUUUAAACAGAUAUCUGCUCUUCUUAGACAUCAGAGAAGUCACACAGGUGAGAGGCCAUUUCCAUGUUCUGAGUGUGGGAAAUGUUUUACACGUAAAUCACAUCUUAUUAUACAUCAAAGACUUCAUACAGGUGAGAGGCCAUUUCCAUGUCCUAAGUGUGGGAAAUGUUUUACACAGAAAACAGAUAUGGUUACACAUCAGAGAAGUCACACAGGUGAAAAACCAUUUCAGUGUAGUAAAUGUGGGAAAUGCUUUACACGUAAAUCACAUCUUGUUAUACAUCUAAGAUUUCAUACAGGUGAGAAGCCAUAUCCAUGUUCAGAGUGUGGAAAAUGUUUUACACGUAAAUCACACCUUGUUAUACAUCAUAGACUUCAUACAGGUGAGAAACCAUUUCCAUGUUCUGAGUGUGGAAAUUGUUUUACAUGUAAAUCACAUCUUGUUACACAUCAAAGAAUUCAUACAGGUGAGAAGCCAUUUACAUGCUCUGCGUGUGGGAAAUGUUUUGCACGGCAGUCAAGUCUUAUAAUGCAUCAAAGAAGUCACACAGGUGAAAAACCAUAUCCAUGUACUAAGUGUGGGAAAUGUUUUACACAGAAAUCACAUCUUGUUAAGCAUGAGAAGUCACACAGUUAAGAAUCAGCUGUUGUGUAUAGCAGAAACUCACAGUUACAUUUCCUGGGGUUAAUGUACAUGAAACAGUGUUACAUUCAUAAUUCCAUAACAUAAAAACAACUGGCAGGUGAAGUGAAUAACAUUGAUUAUCCCAUUAUAGUCUCCCAGAAAACAGGUACUGAUAGACCAAAUUGUUAAUCAUCUGGAAAAACAAAUCACUCACUGAUAAUUACAGCUGCUAUUUAAAAAAAAAAAAGUAUGCAAAACCAAUAAAAUGGAGGAUGGCAGUGCCGCUCUUUUAAAUUAAUUUGACGUGGCAGAAUCAAACAAGUUAUUGAUAAUGAACAUCAUAAAAAGUAGUAAAAUAUAUUAAAAUGAUAAUGUAAAAUGCAAUAAUAUUUAUACUUUGGUGUACAUAGUAGAUUCCUGACUCGUGACAAACAUAUAUACGUCUCCACUGACCAAUCCGGUGUGCUGGCUGCAGAUGUACUAAAGUGGCAGAUAGGUAAAAUGUCAAUAGCAGUGAUCCAUUAUAAUGAGGACACUAAUUAUCGGUCAAUUCUGGUAUUGCCUAGGAGUUCAUAUUGUGAAGAUCCUAUAUUCCUUAGAUGUGCAGUCCUGUUUUGUGCGCUCCUCUGGAAUCCAGUUUAUUGUGAGGUUCACUGACCAGAGAGUAGACUAGAUAUGGUGCUUAUGCAGUUGCUGUAAAUGCAAAUUGCCCAGUCCUGUAAUGCUGUUGACUGUUCCAUAUAAUAUGUUGCCAGCACACCCACGGAGAUGAAGGUAAACCCCAAUUUCUGACUGGUUUCACUACUAUAUGAAAGCUUUAUCAAUAUUUUACUCCUUUUUAUGAUGUUAGUCAUCAGUCAGUUUUAUCCACCCGUCGAGUGGGAUAUAUUAGGCAUCAAGUGAGCUCUCAGUUCUUGAAGUUAUCAUGUUGCAAGCAGGAAAAAUGGAUCUGAGUGACUUUAACAAGGGCUAUAUUGAGAUGGCUAGACGACUGUGUCAGAGCAUCUACAAAAUUUCAGGGGUGUUUCCGGUGUGCAGUGGUCACUAUCUACCACAAUUGGUCCACAGAAGGACAAUGACUGGUGAAAGGGUCGUGGCCACCCAAGGCUCAUUGAUAUACUUGUGUAGCAAAAGCUAUCCCUUCUGGUCCAAUUCCACAGAAAAGCUUCUGUAGCACAAAUUCCUGAAAAAUAAUUCUGGCUGAUAGAAAGGUGUCGGAACACACAACUUGCUGCACAUGGGCCUGUGUAUCUGCAGACCGGUCAAAGAGUCCAUGCUGAACUUUGUACAGCACAAAAAGUGUCUACAAUGGGCACUUGAGUAUUAGAACUGGGACAUGGAGAAAUGGAAGAAGGUGUCCUGGUGUAACGAAUCACAUUUUAUUUUAUGUAAUGUGGACAGUCGGGUGUGUGUGUGUCUUAUUUGGGGAAGAGAUGGCACAGGAUCCAUUGAAGAAAGUCAAGCUGGUGGAGGCACUGUGAUGCUCUGUUCUGUUGGGAAAACUUGGGUUCUGGCUUUCAUGUGGAUGUUAACUGUACAGCCGAUGCGUAUUUCGCUUUAUGCUAAAACUUUCUCAGGGCUCUCAAAUGAGCCCAGAGAAAGCUUUAGCAUAAAGCAAAAUGCACAUCGGCUAUAGUAAAACUAAUUAUGUGUUUGUUAGGAUUAGGAGCGACAAGAAAGAAAUAUGUCUGUGCAUAGCGAUUAUUAUUUAAAUGUUGGGGCACAAUUAAGCGUGGUGCACGGAGAAUCACUGCACCAACAACACAAUAUUUACAGGGCAGUGCAUUACUGAGAGGAAUAUACGUAUUUCUAUGUGUAUGCAUAUACAUACUUAUCAUCAAUCGUACAUGCAGAUUUAUAUGCAAAUUAUACCCAUGAUAUACUAAACACACACGCAAAGCACAGUAAAUGCCUCUAGGGGAUUGAGAGAAAAAUACAAUUUAAUACUGUGGUUUCACCCCAAUGGAGAGUAUUAUGACAUAAUGAAUUAUUGUUUCGCAUGCAGUACUUGGUGAAAGGCAUGUGGUAUAUACUGUAACUUGGCAAUCAAACGUGAAGACUAAUUGAUGGGCAAUAUUCAAUCUUGUGGCAUAAGUAAUAUUGUCCUUUAUAAAUGCAAGUUACAAUUCUCAGUGUAGAAACUGUGCUACCCACAGAGUAAAAAUCCAAUAAUAAUAAAGGAGGAUUUAAAGCUUAA